CAGUUCGUACUGUUCAGAUUUUUUGUUGGCGAACGACACAAAGCAUAAACAUCAAUGCUUCGAAAAAUAGUGCUGGCCACGCACGAAAAAAAUGUCGAGCGACGAAURACUCGUGACUCAAAAUCUAAGUAUUUACUACUAGGAAGUAGGCUGGAUCAUGGAUCACCAAUACCGUACCGUACGUACUCGUACUUAGUAUAGUACACAUCRUACGAUACGUACAUAUGGUUGGGUAUCGAACACAAGUCAGCUAAAGUUAAAGAACUUUUUUUUCUGAGGAGGUUGAAAGGUAAAAACUGCGUCAUUCACGAGUGAGAAUUCAGCUCCUCUCCCAAAAUUAGACAACUGACAUUGGACGGAGACGACGGAGACGACGGAGACAAAAGGCUGCUUUGGAUACCGAUCUGGGGUCGUUAUAGCAGUUUCCGAUAYUUGCUGCGAACCGCUCUCGUAAACAUUUCGAUGGCUGGGACUUUGUGCCUUCUGAUCACUGGGGACAAAAAACGGAGGUUUCUGUUUCUACAAAUCCACGAUGUUCCGAUUUCAGAAAUAGUUUGAUCCCCGCUUCCAUUCGAUGCCUGGAAGUGCGUGUCACUAGAAAGGCCUACUCUCUACGAUCCGCUAUCUGGAGGUCGUAAAAAMUCUUUUUGUCGUUGGCGCGGCAUUUGAUUUUUGUCUCCUCCUCGAUCGCACUCCCAGCGAUUUGCAAGAAUUSCAAGAUCUCCACAGUGACGACAUUGCGAAGGUUGCCGCAAAUGCGAAUGMCACCAAUGCGAUUGCAAGUACGACAAGAGAGUCCCAAGUUGUCUCGCUAUGGACUCGGCCAAUAUCGUUCCGAUGUUAUUGGUUAGAAAUUAGCCUAAGGCCCUUUAGUUGCCGCUGCGUGGCGACAAGGAGGAUAAGCACCGUCAUGCAUGAGUCUGUGCUUUACAUUCUCACGUAUCUCGUAUGGUGAAUGGGAGUCACAACACUCUCUGUGAUUCGAAGCAACGCAUUUGGUAUGCGAAUGAAAACUCUGAAAUAGAAGUCGAAACUAMAGGCGUCGGAUGGGUACGAAGAUAAGAAGAAGUUGUUGAAAAAGUUGACAAKUGUUAUGCAUCUUAGAUAUUAGAUCAGCUUCUGGAAUUCUUUCUGGUUUCGGAUAGCUUUCUACAACUUCGAAMGAUGGUACAAUAUGGAGUUAUUUAUCACAAAUAGUGGUACCACAAAUAGUGACAAAAGAAACAUUAGUUCCCAAACACAUAAACUUGACCAUUGAAU